AUGAAGCGCCCAACACUCGGCCUGCUAGUAAUUGUGGCCAUCUGUCUUGACGUUCUUCUCGCUUCAGCACUGCCUAAAAAAGACUCUAGUAAAAGUGCUUCACAGUUGUCCAGCAAGGAGACGGUGUCCAAAGAGAAACUGUCAGCAGCUAAAAAACCAUUUGGCUACACUCAAUUUGGUGAGAGCGAUCCCGAGUACUGGUAUGGCAUGGCUGCGGCAGACCUUCGAGAGCGCCUCGACAUUCUCCGACCAUUGCACAAGAAGGCGAAGAAUGUAGUUUUCUUUUUAGGCGACGGAAUGGGCAUCUCCACAAUCACUGCAUCUCGCAUCUUCAAGGGACAGUUGGCUGGGCACCGAGGCGAGGAAGGCUACCUCGAGUUUGACCGCUUUCCUUACUCGGCCUUCAUUAAGACGUACAACCUCGACAAGCAGGUGCCCGACUCGGCAGGCACUGCCACCGCCUACCUGACCGGGGUGAAGGCCAACUAUGGAACUAUUGGCGUCUCAUCGAAGGUGAACCAGCAGACGAUGGACUGUCACCUCAUCAACUCCUCCUCCGUGUCCUCCAUUCUGCAGUGGGCACUGGACGCGGGCAAGUCGGCCGGCGUAGUGACCACCACUCGCAUCACCCACGCCACACCGGCCGCCAGUUACGCCCAUGUGCCCGAUCGAGACUGGGAGGGCUCGGCGCCGGAGGAGCUGGCCAAUCAGCCCGGCUGCAAGGACAUUGCCAAGCAGCUGGUGGAGGAGUACCCCGGCAACCGGCUGUCGGUGAUUCUCGGCGGCGGAAGACGGGAGUUUAUACCCAAAGGACAGUUUGAUCCAAAGGGAACGGUGGUCCACGGUAAGCUCGUUCCAGUGGAGGGAAAUCGGGUGGAUGGGCGAAAUCUAAUUCAGGAAUGGAUCAAAUCAAAGUCUGCCGUGCUGGCACCCGAUGAGUUUGCCUAUGUGAACAGCACCUCGUCACUGAAGGCAAUCGACUACACGCGAACGCGCAGUCUGCUGGGACUGUUCAACCACUCGCACAUGGAGUACGACCAGCUGCGGGACAAGAGUCCCAAUGGUGAGCCCAGUCUCACGGAGAUGACCGAGGCGGCGAUUCGCAUUCUGCGCAACCAGCCUGGCAACAGGGGUUUCGUCCUGCUGGUCGAAGGCGGUCGCAUCGAUCACGCCCACCACGACGGCUACUCCAAUCUGGCCAUGUACGAGACGGUGGAGUUUGACAGGGCCAUUAGAAGGGCCCGGGAGAUGCUGCCCGCCGAUGAAACGCUCUUUCUGGCGACGGCAGAUCACUCCCACGGACUGACCAUCAAUGGCUAUCCGAAUCGAGGCAAUCCGAUCAAUGGAUGGGUUGGCGAAGAUGCCGAUGGCAUUCCCUACACUACGCUCAUGUACGCCACCGGACCGGGACAUAUGAGCCACGAGGAGAGGGAGCGCAGUGCCACCUUUAAUACUGAGUACUUCAAGUUCCGACCACUCGCUGCCACGUCGCAUGACUCUGCUCAGCAUGCUGGUGAAGAUGUUGGCGUCUUUGCCACCGGACCAAUGGCGCACUUUUUCGGCGGCACCCACGAGCAGUCGUACAUUGCCCAUGUGGUCGGAUAUGCGGCCUGCAUUGGCGUCUACCGAAAUGAGUCUCACUGCUCACCGGAAAAUGGUGGCUACCAGGGUGGAUAUAGUGGGCGUCGGACAGAGCAGGGUGGGAACAAAGAGUGGGAAAAUGAAAUAGUCAUCAAGGAGCCCGGACACACACUGGCCUCCUCUCGGUCACUGAGAUUGACCAAGCCGAAAAGCGGCAGUGCAUCUAAUGUCAACCAGCUGCAAACUGCACUGCAAGUGUUCACGCUCAUCCUCAGCACUUCCUGGAUUCUGGUCACAUACUAG